ACAUUUAUUUUUAAAUGUUGAAAAGGAGCUACUCAAGAGACCUUGGACAAGCUGAUCCAAAAAGUACAGAUAGAAAACGAUAGCGACAUGAUCAAAAAUUGGAAGUACCUUGGUGUACCUAUUCUCACCACAUCCGCAUCACAACAACGCAAAUCAUCCAGGAGGAAUCGUUCAUCAGAAGAAACAUAUCAGCUUUCUAGAUGGACACCAAUAAUUAAGGAUGUCAUGGAGGACACCAUAGAAAAUAAGCUUGAUUCAAAAGAGUGGCCUUAUUGUUCCCAGUGUCCUGCGCCCUGGAAUGGUUCAGGAGCUGUGAGUGCUCGUAACAAACCCAAAAGCAGCCACUUGGAUGAGCGAAAGAGUGGAUCGAAGCUGAUUGUAUUUGUCAUUGGGGGCAUUACAUAUUCUGAGAUGCGCUGUGCAUAUGAAGUUUCACAAGCCUACAAGUCUUGUGAAGUUAUUAUUGGUUCCACUCACAUCAUCACACCUAAACGACUACUGGAUGAUAUAAAAGCACUUACUGUACCAAAAUCGAAGGAUACUGUGUAUUUUAAGAAUGAAUAGAAGUGAUGAUCUUCAAAGGUUUUUGGUUGAGCUUAACAAAGAUAUAAAGAACACAUAAUAUAAAUAUGGACACAAUCAAACCCAAGUUAAUGUUAAGUUCCAUUGAUUUCAGGGGGAUAAAUGUUAAAUAUCUUCGUAUUCUGCAUUGGAAUCAAUGGAAUUUAUGCAUUUAGCAUGAUCUGGAUUGUGUCCUGUGUACAUAUUUUAUAAAUUAGUGUUAUAUUUGGGAAUCUUGUUUUUAUAAUUUGGAAUCUGCUGCUUUUUGUUGGGGGAGGAGAUCAAAAUGUGUAAAAGUGGAGAAAUGUAUGUAACAACUUGUGUUUUUAUAUUAAUGUAGUUGGUGAUAGGUGGCAUUUUGCUGUGAAGUGUUCAAUGUAGAGAAUGUUCACUAAGGAACGCAGUAUGCUAGAACUUGGAAAAAAAUGUCUGUAUAUAUGCUAAUGACUUUUUGGUAAUAAUGUGCAAACUUUCUAUCUUUGAAUCAUGCUUAUUUCUAAACAUACUGUUCUAAAAGACCCAUCGACUUAAGUAUCGAAGAAAGUUGUAAAUAAAAAUGUAUAGCACAAUUUCACAACUGCAAUAUGUUGAAUUACAGUAUGUAAGAAUUCCCUGAAGAAAAGUUGCAAUGAGGUACAAAAUAUUAGAUGUCUUCCAGAGAAAAUAGAAGAGAAAAAUAAUGGUUGUGUGUUUGGAACUGCAUGGAUCUUUCUGUGGUAUUUGGGUAAAGUUAAUCAUGAAAGUACUAAACAUUUUACCAUCAAUAAAGAACUUUGAAGAA